AGAUGCUUCUAGUCCUGCUUCUGGCUCUUCCAGCAAUUGUCAGUUCGUCAUGUAACAUAUUAUAUCAGUUGGAUGAUAUGUCCUACUGUAGAAUUGGUCAACCAUUCGACGCCUAUCGCUAUUACGGGUGUUCGUGCUCCGGAAUUUCUCCCAACAAGCCAAUCGACGGAAUUGAUAGAUGCUGCCAAGUGCAUAAUGAUUGCUACAAUGAGCUUCUUCUUACUAAAAAAUGCCAAAAUUCGAAUUCCCCAUACUUCUGCCUAUACAAAUGGGAAUGUGUCUAUCAGCAGCCAGCGUGCAAUAACGAAAGUAAAUGUACACAAUCCGUGUGUCAAUGUGAUGAGCAGUUUAUCAAUUGUCUUGCCAAGUAUCCAUAUCCGACAUUUUCCAAGAAAUGUCAAUAUUCCGAACGGGAUCCGAUUCUCAAGAUGAUCGCCACUGCGUCUGCGGCUACAGCAGCGGCAAAGAAGAAUUGAUUCUUUUUCACUUUUUUUUUGUUAGAAACAGAGCAAUUUGAAUUUUUGAACAUUUAUCUCUGAAAUACGCCACGUGUCAUUUGAAAAUGAAAUAAUUGAUUUUUUU